ACCACACAGAGUCAACAGUCAAACAUACACAGCAAGUCCAUGCAACUCGCAUCAAGCCCUCGGAUAAAGUCUUAACAAGCCGCGGACCCGGGUAUCACACAGACGUGAGGCACAUCUGGAUGCGCAGUCACACCCUGUUACGCGGCCCGUCACGCCACUACCAGUACCAACUAUCCAGCCUCAUUAAGCGCCAACAAACGGCACCAAAGCUCCAGCGAUCCCGGAUGAGCGCCGCAACGAGUGGGAAGGGCUCCUUACCCCACCAGAUGCGCACUGCCGCCGAGCCCCGCCAAAACCGGCUAUACAAUGUCCGGCUGUCGCAUAUCGAGCAGGUCAACCCCUGUGUGCGACUGCUGCAACUAACCAUUCCCCCGGAGGUGCAAAACCCGGACGAUAGCAGCUAUCAGGAAAGUGAUCAGGAAUCCCAACCCCCACCCCAACCAUUAACCUUCCUCCCCGGCCAAUGGCUCGACGUGCACAUCCCCUCCAUCUCCAACGCAGGCGGCUUCAGCAUCACCUCCACCCCCGCGGACGCACAGGUCCUGCCCUCGCUCGCAAACCAAGACUCCGACGCCGUGCAAGCCAUCGUCAACAACGACGCGACGGGUCUGCCCCCGCUCAAUCCGGACGGCCGACCGCCGUACGUAGAACUCGCCGUGCGCGCCGCACCGUCGAACCCCGCCAGCGCAUGGCUCUGGAAGCCCGCGGAGGAGAUCCUUGGCUCCGAGCUCGCCAUCCGCGUAGGAGGGAGCUUUGUGUGGCCGCCGUCGGGGGUGCGGUUGGGUGAUGUGCGGAAUGUGGUGUUCAUUGCGGGGGGUGUGGGGAUUAACCCACUAAUCUCCAUGCUCUCCCACCUCAACAACGACGACGAAGCAACCACCACCCUCCGCCACCCUUCCCUCAACAUCCGUUUCCUCUACUCCACCAAGUUGCCUCAGCCAGACAAGGCAACCACCCCAACAACUAACCCCGAGAAGCGCCUGGACCAGAUCCUCUUCCUCUCACGCCUCCGAGAGAUCGUCAACAUCCAGUCGCAGCUGCGUCGGCUCCGGAUUGCACUGGACCUAUUCAUCACAGACCUGGACGACGACACUCGCGGGGUUUCCUUUGAUGACCUGCGGAUACACGGGCGUCGGAUCAAUGCCGAUGACCUACGGGCUGCGGCGAUCUCGGAAGACGGUACCAUCGAGCCUGAGAAGACGGUGUGUUAUGUGUGCGGACCGCCGGGGAUGACCGAUGACAUCGUCGGGAAAUUGGAGGGGUUACUCGGGGGUGGGGAAAGAGUGUUUUAUGAGAAGUGGUGGUGAGGAAGCGGAAGAAAGCCUCAAUUUUUGUUUAGUUAAUGGGCAG